AUGGGCAUGGCCCGCAAGAAAGGGGUCCUCGCAGCCCUGCUGGGGGCUGCAGCCAUCGCAGGCCUCACCACCCUCAUCCUCCUGGUGCAGGCCACCAGGGUCCUCCUGCCUGCAGACACCAAGUUUGGGAUGGUGUUCGACGCGGGGUCCUCCCACACGUCCCUCUAUCUGUACCGCUGGCCGGCGGACAAGGAGAACGACACCGGUGUGGUCAGCCAGGCCCUGGUCUGUGAGGUGGAAGGCCCGGGCAUCGCCGCCUACGCGUCCCGGCCGGCGGAGGCGGGGGCGAAGCUGCAGCCGUGCCUGCGGGAGGCGCUGGCUCUGGUCCCCGAGGCCCAGCACCCGAAGACGCCCUUGUUCCUGGGCGCCACGGCCGGCAUGAGGCUGCUCGAGCAGAAGAACCGCUCGCAGGCGGACGGCAUCCUGGCGGCCGUCGCCCAGGCCCUGCGGGGGUCCCCCGCGGACUUCAGGGCCGCGGGGAUCCUGAGCGGGGCCCACGAGGGCGCCUUCGGCUGGAUCUCGACCAACUACGUCCUGGAGCAGCUCAUCAAGUACUCCUUCUCUGGCGAGUGGACCCAUUCCCCGGCGGAGAAGCUGGUGGGCGCCCUGGACCUGGGCGGCGCCUCCACCCAGAUCACCUUCGUGCCCGAAGGCCCCAUCCUGGACGCGAGCAGCCGGGCCUCCUUCCGCCUCUACGGCGCCAGCUACAGCGUCUACACUCGCAGCUACCUCUGCUUCGGCCGCGACCAGAUGCUGACCCGGCUCCUGGCGCAGCUGCUUCCGGCGAGCCGGGACCUGGUGGUGGAGCACCCCUGCUACCACCGCGGCUACCAGGCCGCGCAGCCCCUGCAGCCCCUGCUCGAGUCCCCCUGCGUGCCCGCAGACCUCGGCCUGGGCCCCGGCCCCGGCCACAACCUGACGGUCAAGGGCGUGGGGGACCCGCAGGCCUGUGCGGGCGCCAUUCGCCGGCUCUUCAACUUCUCCAGCUGCGAGAACCAGAAGGACUGCGCCUUCGACGGCGCGUACCAGCCCCCCGUGCGGGGCCCCUUCUAUGCCUUCUCCAGCUUCUACUACACCUUCAGCUUCCUGAACCUCACCUCCGGGCAGUCGCUGGACACGGCCAACACCACGGUCUGGACCUUCUGCCAGAAGACCUGGGAGCAGGUGAAGGCAGAGGCGCCGGGGCAGGAGCAGGACAAGUUCCUGCCCGGGUACUGCAGCACCGGCAUGUACAUCCUCACGCUGCUGCGCGACGGCUACGGCUUCAACCAGGACACCUGGUCUGGGAUCGAGUUCCGCAAGCAGGUCAGCGGCACCGACAUCGGCUGGACGCUCGGGUACAUGCUGAACCUCACCAACAUGAUCCCCGAGGAGGCGCCCGCCCAGCGGCGUGCACAGAGCUGCAGCGUCUGGACGGCCAGUGUCGUCUUUGCCGCGCUGACCCUCGUGGCUGUGCUCGGGGCCGCUGCUGUCCAGCUCUUCUGGCCCUGGGGGUGA